AUGGAAGAUGAGAACCAUCCUGGGAAUUCAUCGGCUGACAUCUCGAAUCUUCCCAAUACCUUUCCCACAAAUGGCCUGCCGGAUAAUCCAGCCGCUUCAGGCAUGUACAACGGUCACGAUGAGACGGCCACGGGCAGUCCAAAUGAAAACAAUUCUGUUGUUGACAGUGUCCUCCGAUCUGAUAUAGGGGUGAACACACUGCUCACACGGCUGAAACAAAGCGUUGCGUCUGCACGGGAAUUUGCAACGUUUCUGAAAAAGAGAUCGACGCUUGAGGAGGAUCAAGCACAAGGUCUCAAAAAGCUUUGUCGAGGUAGUCAUGAUGCAGUCAGAAGGCCAGACAACCGCCAAGGAUCUUAUGCGCGGAGUUACGAGGAGACGGUUCGAGUACACGAUCGGAUGGCGGACAACGGGAUACAAUUUGCGUUAUCCCUACAUCACAUGCAUGAAGACCUCAAUGAGCUAGCCGUAAACAUAGAGCGAGGUCGGAAGAUGUGGAAGCAGAACGGUCUAGCCGCUGAGAAGAGAGUUCAAGAUUCGGAAGCUCUGAUGGAGAAAGCAAAAGCGAAAUAUCAUUCUCUCGCAGAGGACUACGAUCGUGCCCGCACGGGCGAUAAAGGAUCGGGGCGUGUCUUCGGCUUGAAAGGACCAAAGUCUGCCGCUCAGCAUGAGGAGGACCUCUCGAGGAAAGUCCAACAAGCCGACGCGGACUAUUCUUCCAAAGUUCAGACUGCGAAGGCCCAACGUCAGGAUUUAGUAAGCACACUCAGACCACAGGCAACAAAAGCUCUUCAAGAACUCAUCAAUGAGUGCGACAAUGGUUUGACCCUGCAAUUACAAAAAUUCGCUUCCUUCAACGAGCGGCUCUUGCUAGGUAAUGGACUUUGUGUGUGCCCUCUUCCAAGCCAGCCAGACAGCCUUGCAUCGAGGAGUUUACGAGAGGUUAUAUCACAGAUUGAUAACCCGCAAGAUCUCAGGACGUUCAUCGUUAGCCACGCUUCCAAGGUUAGCGAUGGGGGUGACAUCAAAUACGAACGCCAUCCUACUCUCAAGCCCGAGCAGGCUAACCCUCCUUCAUUGGCCAAUCGGACGACCCCACCCAUGCAAGGCCCAGGUCCUGCAGUGAUGGGUGGUGGUCCACAUAGGCCCUCUCUAUCCACGCCAACCCCUUCAGCACCUGGAGGUACGGUUCCUACUCAAGCCCCUAUGCCAGUGGUGCCAUUUGGAGCUCUUUCCGGACAACAAAGCGGGCUGACUAGCUCUCCGCAAACCUCGAAUUAUCCGACAAGCAUUUCUAACGCACCACCUCAAUUACCCCCAGCUCAGAUCAAAAGCCCAUUGUAUCCACAGCCACCUGCCUCACUCGGAACUUUCCAAAAUAAUAUCUCAAAUACCAGUCUGCCCGCUUUGCGCCCUGUUUUCGGCCUCUCACUCGACGAUCUUUUGAAGCGUGACGGAUCUGCAGUACCAUUGGUUAUCUACCAAUGCAUCCAAGCAAUUGACCUAUUUGGCCUCGAGGUGGAGGGUAUCUAUCGUCUUUCAGGCUCAUCAACCCACGUCAACAAGCUUAAAGGGAUCUUUGACAAUGAUUCUACCCAAGUGGAUUUCCGUAAUCCAGAGGCUUUCUACCAUGAUGUCAAUAGCGUCGCGGGGCUUCUGAAGCAAUUCUUCAGGGACUUGCCAGACCCCCUUUUAACUCGUGAGCACUAUCAAGGUUUUGUUGAUGCGGCUCGCAUCGAUGAUAGUAUCAUGCGGCGUGAUUCCAUACAUGCAAUCAUCAACGCAUUACCGGAUCCAAAUUAUGCAACCCUGCGUGCACUUACACUUCACUUGAAUCGAGUGCAGGAACAUUCUGCAGCAAAUAGAAUGAAUGCGAGCAAUUUAGCGAUAAUAUUUGGACCUACGUUGAUGGGUAGUGGCCCUGACGUUGCGGAUGCUGGCUGGCAAGUAAGAGCCAUCGAUACUAUCCUGCAAAACACUUAUCAAAUUUUCGAUGACGAUUAA